GCACGCAAGGUGGAGGGCAUAAUAGUAGAUUCAGACGAGACGGAAAAUUUUCGAACCUGCUGAAAUUGCUUUUUUCCCACCCAAAGGCAACCGCCAAAAUUUGCACUGCAGAUUCAAAAGGCUUUCGUGUGGAGGUAAGAUAAAUUUUUGCGAACAGUACCACAAUUCGCGAAUCCUGCAGCGCCUCUCGGCUUUCCGGUUCGUAAAGUCUCUUCUCGUCUCCAGUUCAUUCUUCCUGUGGUUAUUUGUGAGUUUUGAAGGUGAGUAUGACCGGAAAGGGUGGAAAAGGUCUUGUGGCGGGGAAGACAACAGCGGCUGCGGCGGCUAACAAGGAUAAGGACAAGAAGCGGCCUAUUUCAAGGUCCGCUCGAGCUGGACUUCAGUUUCCGGUGGGCAGAAUUCACCGCCACCUCAAAUCAAGAACCACUGCACAUGGAAGAGUUGGAGCCACAGCAGCAGUAUACUCUGCUGCAAUCCUUGAAUAUUUGACGGCUGAGGUGCUGGAGUUGGCCGGAAACGCCAGCAAGGAUCUGAAAGUGAAGAGGAUAACCCCGCGACACUUGCAGCUUGCAAUUCGUGGAGAUGAGGAGCUCGACACCCUCAUCAAAGGAACCAUUGCUGGUGGUGGUGUGAUUCCCCACAUUCACAAAUCCCUCAUCAACAAAACCACCAAAGAAUGAAGUAUGCAAUGCUCCACUCUUUCUGUCUUAUCUUUAUGAUCUUGUUAAAUCGAAUUUCGGAGCUUUCUACAUUUGUGGCAGUUUGGAUUUGGUUCCAUUUUCAGGUCUGUUAGGCAUUAGAACCACAUGUUGAUUCCUGUUAGCUGUGUGCUUGUUGAUUGUUGUGCUGUCUUUGACAUUAUUAUUGAACUUGUGUGUUUUAGUAUCUGUUGCUAGAACUUGCUUAGAAUCUUGAUUGAUUGUCAGCCGUUGGAUUAAUUUCUUAGGAAGUAGAUUAAGAUUAGAAUGUUGGGUCCAUAUUUAUCUGUAUUCUGAAAUGCCGUUUGUUGACCUGGAAAUUAGUCGCUGUUUUUAUCAA